CCAACUCUAGGGGAAGCCCAGCCCCCGACCAGUAGCCAUGGGGGACGAUAGCGAGUGGAUGAAGCUUCCCAUUGACCAGAAAUGUGAACAUAAGGUGUGGAAAGCCAGACUGAACGGUUAUGAAGAAGCUCUGAAGUUGUUCCAGAAAAUAGAGGAUGAGAAGAGUCCGGAGUGGGGGAAGUACCUGGGACUAAUCAAGAAGUUUGUCACAGACUCGAAUGCAGUGGCUCAGCUCAAAGGCCUUGAAGCUGCCUUGGCCUUUAUUGAGAAUGCUCAUGUGGCUGGCAAGACGACGGGCGAGGUGGUGUCGGGCGUCGUCACCAAAGUGUUCAACCAGCCGAAGGCGCGAGCCAAAGAGCUGGGCAUGGACAUCUGCCUGAUGUACAUCGAGAUAGAGAAGGGCGAGGUGGUUCAGGAUGAGCUGCUCAAAGGACUGGACAACAAGAACCCCAAGAUAGUGGUAGCGUGCAUCGAGACGCUCAGGAAGGCUCUGAGUGAGUUUGGAUCAAAAAUAGUGACCCUAAAGCCAGUAGUGAAAGUCUUACCCAAACAGUUUGAGUCCAGAGAGAAGGCUGUGAGGGAUGAGUCAAAGUUGCUUGCUGUGGAAAUCUACAAGUGGAUCAGAGACGCUCUGAGGCCGCCGCUGCAGAACAUCAACUCUGUACAGCUCAAAGAGCUGGAGGAGGAGUGGGUGAAGCUGCCCCCCUCCCCUCCCAAGCAGACCCGGUUCCUGCGCUCUCAGCAGGACCUGAAAGCAAAGUUUGAACAGCAACAAGCUCAAGGAGGAGAGCAGUCUGACGGAGAUGAAGAAGAAGAAACUGCAGUAGCUGUGGAUCCGUACGAUCUGCUGGAACCUGUGGAGAUUCUGUCAAAGAUGCCCAAAGAUUUCUAUGAGAAAAUUGAAGCUAAAAAGUGGCAGGAGAGGAAAGAAGCUCUUGAAGCUGUCGAAGCUCUGACCAAGAACCCCAAACUGGAAAACGGCGACUAUGGAGACCUGGUCCGCGCGCUGAAGAAGGUUGUGGGAAAAGACGCCAACGUGAUGCUGGUUUCCAUGGCAGCCAAAUGUCUGGCUGAACUGGCCUCUGGUCUCAGGAAGAAGUUUGGGACGUAUGCAGGACAAGUUGUUCCAACUAUCCUGGAGAAGUUUAAGGAGAAGAAGCUGCAGGUUGUCCAGUCCCUGCAGGAGGCUAUUGAUGCCAUCUUCCUCACUACGACUCUGCAGAACCUUUCGGAGGACAUCCUGGGUGUGAUGGACAAUAAGAACCCGUCCAUUAAGCAGCAGGCGUCUCUGUUUCUGGCCCGAUCUUUCCGACACUGCACGCAGGCCACGCUGCCGAAAAGCGUUCUCAAGCCGUUCUGCGCCGCCCUCGUCAAGCAAGUGAAUGACUCGGCACUUGAGGUUCGUGACGCGGCCUUCGAAGCUCUGGGAACGGCCAUGAAGGUGGUGGGGGAAAAGGCUGUGAACCCUUUCCUUGCCGACUUGGACAAACUCAAACUUGAUAAGAUCAAGGAGUGUGCUGACAAAGUGGAGCUUCCUGGAGGUAAAAAAGGAGCAGCUGGAGGAGGAUUAUCAGCGGGUGACAAGAAACCUGCAGCUAAAGCUCCUCCUGCAGCCGAAGCCCCUCCCAAAUCCUCGGCGCCGCCAAAGAAGAGCCAGACCGCAUCAGUCAGCAAGCCGUCAGCUGGUCCAGCUAAAAAAGGGAAACCAGCAUCAGCAGCUGGAGGGAAAACCAAGAAGACCUCAGACAGCAAAGAAAUCACAGAAGCUGAAAUAUCUCCUGAAGCAUGCGAGGAGCUGGCAGCAGCAGUACUUCCUGCUUCCUGUUUGCAGCAGCUGGACUCGGGCAACUGGAAGGAGAGGCUGGCCAGUAUGGAAGAGUUCCAGAGGGCUGUGGAGACCAUGGACAAGGCGGCGAUGCCGUGCCAGGCGUUGGUUCGAAUGCUGGCCAAGAAACCGGGUUGGAAGGAGACGAACUUUCAGGUGAUGCAGAUGAAGCUGCACAUCGUGGGUCUCGUGGCUCAGAGAGGACAGUUCUCAAAGACGUCGGCCUCCGUGGUUUUAGACGGUCUGGUGGAUAAAAUCGGAGACGUGAAGUGCGGCGGGAACGCCAAGUCGGCUCUGACGGCGAUCGGAGAGACGUGCUCAUUGCCGUGGACAGCAGAGCAGGUCGUCUCCUUGGUGUUUGCACAGAAGAACCCCAAAAACCAGGCGGAGACGCUCAACUGGCUGGCGAACGCCAUGAAGGAGUUUGGAUUUGCUGGCAUCAAUGUGAAAGGCUUCAUCAACAACGUGAAGACGGCUCUGGGCGCGACGAACCCCGCCGUGCGGACGGCAGCCAUCACCCUACUGGGAGUCAUGUACCUGUACAUGGGCCAGCCGCUGCGCAUGUUCUUCGAAGACGAGAAGCCGGCUCUCCUCGCACAGAUAGAUGCAGAGUUCGAGAAGAUGCAGGGUCAGUCGCCUCCGGCUCCGAUCAGAGCCACGAAGAAGGCGACGGCGGAGGAAGAUGGAGACGAGGGGGCGGAGCAGGAUGAAGAUGGAGGAGCGGGGCAGGACAUCAUGGACCUGCUGCCCCGAACUGAUAUCGGUGACAAGAUCACAUCCGACCUGGUGUCUAAAAUUGAAGACAAGAACUGGAAGAUCAGGAAGGAGGGUCUGGAUGAGGCUGCGGCCAUCAUCUCUGAGGCCAAAUUCAUCACGGCCAACAUCGGGGAGCUUCCUCUGGCGCUGAAAGGGCGACUCACCGACUCCAACAAGAUCCUGGUCCAACAGACUCUGAGUAUUCUGCAGCAGCUGGCUACAGCCAUGGGACCCGGACUCAAGCAGCAUGUGAAAGUUCUGGGGUUCCCUGUUAUCACUGUUCUGGGAGACAGCAAGGUGAACCUGAGGACGGCUGCCAUGGCAACCCUGCAGGCCUGGGUGGAGCAGACUGGGAUGAAGGACUGGCUGGAGGGAGAGGAUCUGUCCGAGGAGCUGAAGAGGGAAAAUCCCUUCCUGCGUCAGGAGGUUCUUGGCUGGCUGGCAGAGAAGCUGCCGACUCUCAGGUCGGUCCCCGGGGACCUGAUGCUGUGCGUCCCGCAGCUGUUCACCUGCCUGGAGGACCGGAACGCCGACGUGAGGAAGAAAGCUCAGGACGCCCUGCCCGCCUUCAUGAUGCACCUGGGCUACGACAAGAUGAACAAAGCCACAGGAAAACUCAAACCUGCCUCUAAGGAUCAGGUGGUAGCCAUGUUGGAAAAGGCCAGAGCAGUGAUGCCGGCUAAAACUGCGGCGCCGACCAAAACGGGAGGAAAAGGUUCUGCAGAGCAGAGCAGAGCUCCUUCAGCUUCCAGGGCCAGCGAGGAUUUCACUGAUAAACCUGAAGCCAAGAAAGUCAGAGGAGGAGCUGCCAAGAAGCCUCCCUCUCCCACGGAGGAAGCUCCUCCUCCCUCCAAGGAGAAGGAGUGUAAUGGUAGCAAAAAGCCGCCCGUCAAAGGGAAGGCUGCUGCUGGCGGCCAACAGGGUGCAGCUGGUAAGAAACCCGCCACUAAAGGCCUGAAGGAUGAUGAGGAUAAGUCUGGGCCGAUCUUUGUCUUGGUCCCCAACGCCAAGGAGCAGAGGAUGAAAGAGGAGAAGCAGCUGAAGAUUCUGAAGUGGAACUUCAUCACCCCUCGGGACGAAUACGUGGAGCAGCUGAAAACUCAGAUGGCCGCCUGUUUCGCCAAGUGGCUGCUGGAUGAGAUGUUUCACUUCGACUUUCAGCGACAAGUGAAGGCCAUCGGGGUCAUGAUCGAGAGGCUGAACACCGAGAGCGAAGCGACCAUCAGCUGCCUGGACCUGAUCCUCAAGUGGAUCACGCUCCGCUUCUUUGAAACCAACACCACCAUCCUGAUGAAAGUGCUGGAGUAUCUGAAGCUGCUGUUCACUAUGCUGAACAGGGAGAACUACCACCUGACGGAGUAUGAAGCCAACUCCUUCGUCCCCUACCUCAUACUGAAGGUCGGAGAGUCGAAGGAUGUGGUUCGUAAAGAUGUCCGGGUCAUCCUCAGCAUGCUGUGCAAAGUUUAUCCUGCUUCCAAGCUCUUCCCUUUCCUCAUGGACGGAACCAAGUCCAAGAACUCCAAGCAGAGAGCUGAGUGUUUGGAGGAGUUGGGCUGUCUGAUUGAGGGCUACGGGAUGAACGUGUGCCAGCCGACUCCGGCCAAAUCCCUGAAGGAAAUCGCCGUCCACAUCGGAGACAGAGACACGUCCGUCCGAAACGCUGCCCUGAACACGGUGGUGGCCGUCUACAACGUCUGCGGGGAACAGGUCUACAAACUCAUCGGAAAUCUGUCAGAGAAAGACAUGAGCAUGCUGGAGGAGCGGAUCAAGCGAUCGGCGAAGAAGACGCCUGCGGCUCCGGUGAAGCAGAGCACCGCCGAGAAGACGCAGCGGGAACAGCCGACGAACCCCAACGCUACCUUCCUCCGCAAGCCAGCACAGGAAGACCCCGGAAAGCUCAAAAUAAUGUAUCGCACGUAUAGGAUUCAGUCCCGGCAGAACGCGCACAGCGACCAUCCCUCCAUCCCCAAAGAGUUCCAGCUGGACCUAGACAUGAUAGAGCAGGACCAGCGGAGCGUGUGUGAGCUGCCGGACCUGGUCCAGCACCAGCUGGAUGAGCUGCUGGAGCCUGUCAUGAUCCCGGAACCGAAGAUCCGCUCCAUCUCUCCACACUUUGACGACCUUCACAGCAGCACCGCCUCCACCAUCAACUUCGUCAUCUCUCAGGUGGCGAGCGGCGACAUCGGCACCAGCAUCCAGGCGCUGGCUCAGAUUGACGAGGUUCUGCGUCAGGAGGACAAGGCCGAUGUCAUGUCGGGUCACAUCGACCAGCUACUCAUCGCCACCAUCAUGCAGCUGCGCCUCAUCAACAGCACGCACCUCGCAGACGACCGCGUGGACAAGAAGGACCUCAUCAAACUGUACAGCUGCAUCAUGGGAAACAUGAUGUCUCUGUUCUCCAUGGAGACGCUGGCCCGCGAGGCGUCGAUUGGCGUGCUGAAGGACCUGAUGCACAGCCUGAUCACGCUGAUGCUAGACAGCCGAGUGGAGGACGUGGAGGACGGGACGCAGGUCAUCCGCUCAGUCAACCUGCUGGUGAUCCGAGUUCUGGAGCACUCGGACCAGACCAACAUAUUCAGCGCUCUACUGGUUCUGCUUCAGGACACGCUGGUCUCCAACGCCGGGUCUCUUAAAGUCUCUGAACUGGUGAUGAAGUGUCUGUGGAGGAUGAUCCGCUUCCUGCCAGAGAAUAUCAACAGCCUGAACCUGGACCGGAUCCUGCUGGACGUCCACAACUUCAUGAAGGUUUUCCCGAAAGAGAAGCUGAAGCAGCUGAAGACGGACGUUCCUCACCGGACCCUGAAGACCCUCUGCCACACGCUCUGCAAGCUCACCGGGGUCAAGAUUCUGGACCACCUGUCCAUGAUAGAAAAUCGGAACGAGUCGGAGUUGGAGGCCUACCUGAGGCGAGUUGUCAAGCACUCGGGGAACCUGUCGGGAACGAAGAGCGACCGCGGCAACGAGAAGAGCGCCCUCGGGACGGACGAUCGCAUGUCCAAGGCGAAGGUCAGCGACAUCCUGUCCGAGAUCUUCAAGAAGAUCGGCUCCAAGGAGAACACUAAAGAGGGCCUGACCGAGCUCUACGAGUACAAGCAGAAGUACUCUGACGCCGACCUGGAGCCGUUCCUCAGAAACACGUCACAGUUCUUCCAGAGCUACGUGGAGCGAGGCCUGCGGGUCAUCGAGUCGGAGCGGGAGGGAAAACCUCGGAUCCAGAGCUCCUCAGUGAUUCCUCAGCACAACGUGGAGUCCAGCCUCAGCAGCAGCAACGAAGAGCUGAAACCCGCUGUUUACUACGAAAGGCUGAAGAUCCUCCGGCAGAGACAAGGCCUGGAAAACACGACCAGGGCUCUCAGCAGCGAGGACGAGCCUCCGCAGCGGCCGGCCAUCUCCUCCCUGCUGUCCUCCAAGCCGUCCGUGGCCUCGUCCACCGACAUGCUCCACAGCAAGCUGUCGCAGCUGAAGGAGUCCCGGGAGCUGUACCAGCAGGAGCACAACACGCGCUCCGGAUCGCCGGCCCGCGCCGCCUCGCCCGCCACCGCCAACCUGGACGACCUGAAGAAGCGUCUGGAGCGGAUCAAGAGCAAACGGCAGUGAGGCGGUUCGUCCGCUACUCAUACCCCUUCUCCCCGCUCCCAAUGCACGGACAGGAGGAAGGCCGCGGCCUCCUCAUCCUCACACGCAGCCUGACUCCGCCCACUGUGCCUGUGUGAUGAAAACAUUAAAGCAACACAUCCAGAAACCCUGCAGCUGCUUCCGGCUGUCUGUGUUAUGACGCUGACCUUUCUCUAAAACAUCAUCCGGCUGUAAAUAUCUAAUCUACUCCUCACAGCGCCCUCUGCAGGUGGGUUUAGGUCGCAUCAGGCUGUAGAUAAUUCUAGUUCUCAUAAGCUCAUCUGUUCAGCAGCUGGAGCUGGUUCUGGUUCUGAUUCCGGUUCCGACCUGCUCGGUUCUCCUCCGUCGUUGUGGCUUGAAGAGCAUGGCAUGUCUGUGGCUGUUUUUAUGUUGGUGUAAAUAGUUUGUUUUAAUAAAACUGCAGUUUUCCCUGCAUCACCUGUCAGGUGAGCCUGUCUCUCACCUGUUCAGCGACGGGAUCAGUAACCCGGUUUUUGUAUUUAACUCAAACGUCCAAACUGCAGUCAUCUUUGUUGCCGUCAUUGUAUAAUCCAUUGUUGAAAACAUCAAUAAAAAUCUUUUUUUAACAACA